GUGGUGGCGAACACUCAUCCCCGAGAAAGAACGCUGCCUCCCCCUCUGUUGCGAUGUGAGUAACGUCCACGUUACGGACGUAAAGGGUUAGAUAACAAACGCAACGUUAGCUUAGUAGCGCGCUAACUAGUGUUAGCAUGACGGGCUGCGGGCAGAGGGGCGAUCAGCUGACCGGUGUUACGGUUGAAAAGGCGACCCUGUUAAAACGGGGUACAGCGGCUACGGUCCAGGCCACAGGGCAGCGACCUUAAGCCACCAGACGGGUUUUUAUUUUUGUUUGAUUCCUAUUAAACCAAAGGAACUGGAAUUGAGCUCUUGUGUUUACCUUCGCGAACGCUGCAAGACAAGCGAGUUCGUGGUUUGGGAACAACACGGCGGGCUCGUCGGGGUUUCGCCACAAUUAAAUAAUAUUUAAAGUCAGCACGGAGGUUAAAAACGUAACUCUCUAUUUAGGGGAUUCAGCUCCCAGCAUAUGUCCUUUUCCUUCUUUACAGAGAGGACAAUGAUACGAACAUGAUCAGGGCCGAUGGCUUCUCAAAAUGCGAGGCAACUCUGCAGGAGAGACGGAGCAGCAGCAGGAGGCCCCCUGCGGAGAUGCUCCAUCUGCUGUCCGCUGUCGUGGUGUGGCUGGUGACGGGAACCACCAUCUCCAGCCUCAACAAAUGGAUAUUCGCCGUGUACAACUUCAGGUACCCUCUGCUGCUGUCAGCGCUGCACAUGCUGACCGCCAUCGUGGUGGACUACGGGCUGAUCAAGCUGCAGGUGAUCCGCCACAAAGGGGCCGCCGACCAGGACCUAACGCCCAGCGCCAAGUGCAAGGUGUUCUUGUUGAGCCUGACGUUCUGCGCCAGCAUUGCUUUCGGAAACAUGGGCCUGAACCACGUCCAGCUGUCCUUCGCGCAAAUGAUCUACACCACCACGCCGCUCUUCACCUUGGCCAUCUCCACGCUGAUCCUGGGCAAGCAGCAUCACAUCCUCAAGUACACGGCCAUGAUGCCCAUCUGCCUCGGGGCCUCCUUCAGCAUCAUGGGAGAAGUCCAGUAUGAUCAGGCCGGCUGCAUCUUUGUGUUCGCGGCGACCAUGUUGAGGGGCGUCAAGUCCAUCCAGCAGAGCAUUCUGCUUCAGGAGGAGAAAAUUGACUCCGUGUUCCUGCUCUACCUGAUGUCCAUUCCUAGCUUCUGCAUCUUGGCCGUGGCCGCCCUGGCCCUGGAGAACUGGGCCCUGCUGGAGUCGCCGCUCCACUACGACCGCCGCCUGUGGCUCUUUAUCCUGCUCAGCUGCCUGGGCUCCGUCAUGUACAACCUGGCCAGCUGCUGCGUCAUCACGCUGACCUCGGCCGUCACCCUGCACAUCCUGGGCAACCUGAGCGUGGUGGGAAACCUGCUGCUGUCCCAGCUGCUCUUCGGCAGCGAGCUGUCGGCCCUGAGCUGCGCCGGCGCCGCGCUGACGCUGUCCGGCAUGCUCAUGUACCAGAACUCGGAGUUCAUCGUCAGCUUCGUGGACGCGCGCCGGGCCAGAGGCGGGAAGCCCGGAGGGGGGGACUUCCCCACCGCGGGCGGGGAGGACUCGGGCGAAGCCGGCGCUCCUGAGCCGACGCGUCGGCGUCAGCGGAGAGCGGACGAGAAGCCGGACGACGAGGCGGACUGAAGAGACGAAUGAUGAUGCGAUGGAUCCUUUUUCUUAAUUUAUUUUUGUUUUACUAUCUUUUAACUUCCUCACUGUGCCGGUUCAUUUCUCCUCGACUCACACAGAGAAGAAGAAAAAGAAGAAGUAGCCUUCUUCUGUCACACGGAUGGACACGUUCUCUCCUUCAUCUGUAGAUCCCUCAUACUUGGCCUUUAGUGGUGUAUAUGCACGCACAAGCACACUCUGAACUGUAUUGGCACUGUCACUCGUACUACACUGUGAAGAUGUCCUGAUUGAUCGACGUGUCAUGGACACCGCGGGCUGCAGGAAGCCUCAAAUCUGAACGGGCACAAUUUGCAUAAAACUAUAUUUAUUAACGGUAGUGUUACGUGACAUUCACCCGGCCCUGUCGUGCUAGGGCACCGGGUUUUGGGCAGCUUCUUUUGUUUUUGUUGGCAUUGAACCAGGAAACUUAAAUAGAGUAAAACAUUUAUUUGGAGGCGGAAGAAGAGAUGCUUCUUUUCCUCGACUGAAGUGCAUUUUUAAAGGCUUGGAUUUUGUUCUCAGACGACUCUCUGAAGAAUUAGUCCAAUUAUUUCAAACUUCUACAACAGGAGCGUCACUGCAGCCUUCCUGGAUAAUUAGGUUCACGGGUUCUCUAAGGAGUGUCACUCGACUAUAGCCGUCUUCUCCCUGUGGACGAGAUGAGGAAAAGGAAGAUUAAGAUGUCCUUUAAGGUUGCUUCUUAAAUCCCAGCCAGUCUCAUCUGUUUAAUGUUCCCUUUCUGUGGGAGACAUUUCAAUCUACAAGAUGAUUAUUUUUGUUCUGUUUUCAAAAAGAUUUAAGCAGGGGAAAAUGUUUCUUUCCGAAUGACCGUAGCAGCAACAGGCAUUUUUGUGCCGUAGCUUUUGGUCCUAGGGUGUCUUGUACAUGCAUACAUGUAUUACUAGUGGGCACACGAUUCUCUCCUGUCUUUCCUUUUCAGAGAAAAGUUGUGUAUAUUAUGCAGAAGACUGCAUGCCGCUGCUCCUGAAAGCAUCUUAAUGAUCCAGGACGUCCGUUACUGUGCACUCCCUCCAUCGUUUAUCCUUUGCCAAAUGUCUGAAAGCUUUUCUUUUGGUCAAACUGUGUCAAAAUACUGGUUGCAGAUGUGAUAAUUUCUCACAUCCAAGCUGUCACUACAAAGCCAUACAUCUUUCUUUUUUUUUUUUUUUCUUUCUCCAUUUAACUUAAAACACUUUACUUUUCCAGAAGAGUAACUUUAUGUAGGAUUGUGCGUUGAAAGAUUUUACUUAACGUUCCAUUUAUAUCAUUUUUCCACUGUGCAUUCAUAAAAUAACACUCCAAAACAUCACGUAUGACCCUAAGAUGCUUUUUUCCCCAUUGCACACAGUCUUUAGAGUGAGGAAGGGAACAAAAAGAAAAUGGGUUUAGGUUGCAGUUCAAUAUUACAAACUCAAUUACAGGUUUUAAGAUUAUGUACAGCGCAUCACUUCAGUCGUUUUACAUUAUUGAAUACCUCCGCUGUUAAAUAGAACUUCUGCCCAUGUGUUCAUUUGUUAUUAACUAUUGGACUGACCGCAGCAUGCGAAUGAUUCAGUCUGUGUUCAGUAAACCGCAGACGUCGACGUGUUUCACUACACAUUGUUGAUUAUUAGGAAAAUGAUAGGAACCCAGUUGUAUCUCAUUUAAACGAUGGCGAGCGAUUUGACAGCUUGUUCUGGUGGAUAAUGCCGAGUUGGUGAAAAGCAACGAAACUGUUGCACUUAAAAGGUAGAAAGAGGCUUCCUGUGUACAUACUGGUUUAGUUGGUUGCAAAGCUAGUUUGGUGUAAAUAGUUGUUUUAUGAUAAUAUAUUUUAUAGUUAUAUGUGGCUGGUUUUAACUAUACUGAUUUUAAAAAAAAAGAAGAAACAUUUGCCUUAUUUGGACAUACUGUAGAUAAGAAAAGAGGGAAUUUAUUUAUCAUUUUAUCAAUUUCUCUUGAUUUAUACUUUGCCAAAAGCGACUGCAGGUGCUUCUUUUCGGGGGCAAACUUAUGGGUGAUUCAUGUACACAUGAUCUGCAAUUGCUUGAAUAAAAAUAUUAAUAAACAAUUACAAUAGUAACCAA